AUGCUGAAGACAACUUCUGAUGGGUACAACUGGCGGAAGUAUGGUCAAAAGCAAGUGAAGAGUCCUGAAGGUUCUCGGAGCUAUUACAGAUGCACUUUCUCUCACUGUGAUGCUAAGAAGAUUGAGCACUGCAAUCGCUCUAACCAUGUCAUAGAGACUGUUUAUAGAAGUCACCACAAUCAUGAUCCUCCUCAAGAAGUAAACUUCUCUAUAGAAAGGCCUGCACCGUCAGUCGAGCCAGCUAAUGGGAGUAACAAUACAGAUCUAGCAGGCAGUGGUCUUAGUGAGUCUGUUCUGUCUACUUCGAGAGAACUUUUGCUAGAAAAGGUUCAGGUUCCUCGAAUAAAACAACAAAACUCAAGUGGCUCUGAUGAGACCAUGGAAAUUAAUGGUAGCGAGAAGCACGUUGACAAACCAGAACUAAAGAAACGGUUGAAGAAAAAUGCUACAGAUGAUUCACGAUCUUUUUCCAAGCCUGGAAAGAAACCUAAAUUUUUUGUUCAUGCAGCCGGUGAUGUGGGGAUAUCAGGAGAUGGCUAUAGGUGGCGGAAGUACGGACAAAAAAUGGUGAAGGGGAACCCUCACCCAAGGAACUACUACAAAUGUACAUCAGCGGGAUGUCCUGUUAGAAAGCAUAUUGAGAGAACUGUAAAUAACACCAUUGCUGUAAUAAUAACCUAUAAGGGAGUGCAUGACCAUGACAUGCCGGUACCAAAGAAACGUCAUGGCCGAACUAGCAGUCCUCUUGUUGCUGCUGCUUCUCUGGUGUCUGUGCACAAUCUGCAAAUUACGAAAACCGAACCACAUCUGAACCAACCAACUACUCAAUGCCUUGCUGAAAUCAAAAUGGGGUUUGCACAACUGGAAGAGUCCAAUUUACUCUCAUUUUCUAAUGGAAGUAUAAGAUUGUUGAUGAGAAGGUCCAGUGGAUGCACAUUAAAAUGGCAGGCCCUGUUUGGUAUGAUGAUAAGAAAACUGCAACUGGAUUUGGUGUUGCAAAGCUUGUUGAAUGGAUUCUAA